AAACAAUACACACCGCUUCUUUCUAUUAGUUUAUGAAUUUUAAAUGUACACGAUUUUAUUAAAAUUAAUAUAAUAAUAAUUAAUUUGUAAUGGAGACAAUUGGUGAUGUGGUUCGCUAUGGUAUUUGUAAACAAAAUGUUAUUGUCAGUUUAAUGCAAAAAGAUGCGAAUUUGGAUGCGAAUACGCUUUUAGUGGGUACAUUAGUUCGUAUUAUACAAGAAGUUGAUCAUAAAUAUAUUGCAAUCCAAGUAUGGGAUUAUGAAAAUCGCGCACCAAUUUGGAAAAACACCGUAUGGUUUUGUCCAUUAGAAUAUGUGAUCCCACUUGACUCACAAAUUUGGGAAUAUAUACCACCGAUAGCAUCACCAUUGGAUCGUGUGCGUUUAGUACAGGAUAUUGAUUUAUGUGAAUAUUUUAAAUUAUUAAAGCCUGGUCUCUAUAUUAACUUCACAUAUGAUAGACAGCAAAUGAAAGGCUUGAUUAAAUAUAUUGGUCCGGUUAAUAAGGGACAAGGUUUUUACAUUGGCGUUCAAUUAUUGGGUGAAUUUAAAAAAUAUGGAAAUACGAAUGGUACAAGUGGGAAACAAACAUAUUUUAAGUGCAGCGAUCAAAGUGGAUUAUUUAUCACAGCUGCUGAUAUUAUUUUAAACGAUAAUUUUAUUGAACACAAAUUAAAUAAAAAUUUCGACGAAUUUGAUUUUCCAAAUAAUCUGUUAUCAAACGAAAAAAACACGGAUCGACAUUUGAUUGAUAAUUUAGUUGAGUCGACUAAAAAACUAAAAAUCGAUUCACAUUUACGCCUGUUAAAUGGCGUUAAAAAUGGAAAAGCUGAUGAUGCAAUUAAAUUAUUGUCUGAUUGGCCACAAAAAAUUUUAUCGGAUUGCCCAUCAGAGCAAAUAAAGUCAACGAAUACAAUGAAUCGACGAAAUUCAUCGGAUACGAAGUCAAAUACUCGGACAGCGUCAAUGGAUACUAAAACUAAAGACGUAGCAUCCAAAUCGAGUACUGGAUCUGGUGGAGGGGCAGCGCAUUCAUCUUAUAACUCAGAGAUUUUAUAUCAACACCCAAGUAAUACAGGUACCAAUGAAGUGGAUUUAAUUGAAAUAAUACAAGGGGAAUGGCCAGCAGAAGCUGGGGAUACAAUAGCACCGGCGCUAAAUACGACUGCAACAAAUGUUGCCGCACGAAUAUCAGAAUUUGAACGGAAUAAAAGUAUAAAUCCAAUAUCACAUAUUAUACAUCCGACAAAGAAAAAAGUGCAUCGACGUGUAACUACGUCAUCAGUGCCGUCAAUACAUUCUACGUUAUCGUCAAGUGGACAACAGGAUUUGAUUAAUUUGAAAUCGAAUCAGUUUCUUUCCAGAAAACGACUCAAUACCGAUCCUCCACCAGCAAAAUUAAAUCAAAACAAUCAAGAAUCAAACAAUGUCUCAACGCAACCAAUUUAUGAUACUCCGGAACGAAGCCAUAGUCCCACCAACAAUUCGAAUAUACUACAAAAUGACGAUAAAUAUUCAAAUAAUAAUUAUCUAGACAAUUAUGGUUUGGGUAUUGGAUCAUUAGUAGAAGUGAACACUGAUGUUAGUGAUCCAAUUUAUGGUGUAAUCCGUUGGAUUAGUCCAUAUUCACCACGUAUCGUUGGGGUAGAACUCGAAGAAGAACAAUCACAUUUACCAAUUGAACUAACUGAUGGUACAUACAAUGGACAACGAUAUUUUAAAUGUACACCGGGCAAAGGAUUAUUUGUUCCCGCUCAACAGUGUCAUGUUGAUCAACGGUUUCAAGAUGACGACAAUCCUGGCCAUCAUAUUCAUAAUGAUCUAGGAAUGAAACAGAAUAAUGAUGGUACAUUGGUGAAAGAUCAAUCGAAUGUUGUUAUGGAUCCAACAAUGUUUGGACAAAUCGAUUGUCCGGUAAUUGAAGGGAGCGUGCCGCCAUUAUGCAUGCAAAGUGAAUUACAAGUGGAAGAGAUGUGUGGUAAAUUUCGUGGUAUUCAAGGACAUCAUAAUUCAUGUUAUUUGGAUGCAACAUUAUUUGCAAUGUUUGCAUGCACGGGGGUAUUUGAUAGUCUUUUGUUUCGACCUCAAUCGCAUUUAGAUAUUGAAAGAUACGAAGAAGUGCAAAAAGUGUUACGGGAAGAGAUUGUGAAUCCAUUACGACAAAAUUUAUAUGUGCGGGCGGAUCGCGUUAUGAAAUUACGUACGUUGUUGGAGCAACUUAGUUCUGUUACAGGUUUAACAAGUGAAGAAAAAGAUCCCGAAGAAUUUCUAAAUAGUUUAUUAGCACAAAUUUUACGAGCAGAGCCAUUUUUGAAGCUUAGCUCAGGACAAGAAGCAUUUUACUACCAAUUAUUCGUCGAGAAAAAUGAACGCUUAACAUUACCCUCUGUUCAACAACUCUUCGAACAAAGCUUUCUUGCGUCAAAUAUCAAGUUAAAAGAAGUACCAUCAUGCCUUAUAAUACAAAUGCCACGUUUUGGCAAAUCUUAUAAAAUGUAUCCGCGUAUAAUACCGUCACAAGUACUGGAUGUCACAGAUAUUAUUGAAGAUUCACCUCGACAAUGCACCGUCUGUGGAAAACUAGCCGAAUAUGAGUGUUUGCAAUGUUUUGAUCCAUGUGGUGAAGGUUUAGAAGGUACAGCAUAUUGUCAAUCGUGUCGGGAACGAAAACAUGGUGAUUCGACAGGACGUAGUGGGCAUAAACCAACACCGUUACGUGUGCCAGCCGAUUUUCGUAUUAUGGCUGAACAUUGUCCUUCCCCACCACGGUUGUAUAUGGAAUUGUUUGCUGUUGUGUGUAUUGAAACGUCACAUUAUGUAGCAUUUGUUAAGUGUGGAUCGGGCCAUGAUGCGCCAUGGUGUUUCUUUGAUUCAAUGGCGGAUAGAAAAGGUGAACAAAAUGGGUACAAUAUUCCUGAAAUCGUAGCAUGUCCUGGUUUAGCCAGUUGGUUGGGUGAGGAUGCUGGAUCAUUACCGCCCCGCGCACCUCAAUUACCAGAACCAGCACGACGCUUAUUAUGUGAUGCAUAUUUAUGUUUAUAUCAAAGUUCUGAUAUUAUGAUGUAUCGAUAAAACAAUAAAACCUAAUCUCUUUAUUUAUAAAAAUAAUAAUAAUUUUUAAGUAUUUAUUCAAGACUUAUUGAAAACACAAAGAAAAGUUUCAUGAAAACUUAACAAUAUUUAAUUUCAUAAUUUUAAAAUGAAGAAAAAUGUAUUUUAUUCAAAUAAAUCCGCGAAAAAAUUGACUCUUCUUAAAAAUAACGACUUGGAGUUUGUCUCGGAAAAAACAUCCACAUUAAUGGAAACAUACACAUUGUUUUGUCUCACUUUGUGUGCCUAUCAGAUUAUGGAGGUUGAUUAGUUUUGUUUAAAAAAUAAUAUUAGAUUUAAUUUUGUUAGAAAAUUUAUUGAAAAUUUUAUUAAUAUUUCUUGUUUUGUUUCUAAAAGCUCUUCACAGACAUAUCGUGAGAUAUUCACAGCGACAAGGAACAUUUAUAACUUGCUUUUGUUUUAGAAAUGAAAUUCCAAUGAUCAUAAUACAUUGUAAAAUUGUUAAAUCGAGUUUGUAUCUUGUUUAUCUGAAUGAAAUCAUUGCGGAAAAUUUCGAAUUUCGAGGUGAUAGAUAUAUUCGUAGUGGUAAUGAAUAUUUCACGAUAACUUGUGGGAUGCCUAAAAGUUUUAUAAUGUUUAUACAUGAAAAUAAAAAUAGUUUUCGACUGAGCUAAAUAUUUUAAUAAUGAAGAUUAUAAAUAAUAGCGUAGAGUUUAAUUAUUACUGUUCGGAUAAACAAGGUAAUUAUUAAAAACGAUAAGUUUAAAAAAUUGUGGAUUUGUAAUUGAUAAUUACGAUUAUUAAAGAUUGUUUUGAAUUGUUUAUAGUCCUAGAACCAGCAUACAUUUUCUGGAAUUAUUUUUACAUGGCUAAAAAUUUGUUUAGGCGAAGUUAUUAAGUAGUUCGAUAACACCGAGGGUUUUAAAAUUGAUGAAUAUUUGUUUUUUUCUUAUUUUAAAAGAAAGAUAAUUGACUCUCUGACUAGACUUCGGCCAGACCUUCGACAAAGCUAUGUGUCUGUAGUCCGAUACUUUGAAAUUUGAAGUUACAGCAAAUAAUUACGGGAAAUGUAUGACUCUUUUACUAUUAGAAAAAAAAAUUAAUUUUCGUUCGAAUCUUAUGAAAAAUGUCCAAGCAUUACAUUUUUACCUAGCGUAUUUCACACACUGAUGCGUUUUGAGGUACAAUCGUUAGUGCUCACACUGAGCGAUCACCAUUUGGCCCAGAAACGCUGUUUUUGGCCAAACGUGUAAAUGGUGUGUUUUACAGGUAAAAUUGUUUCAACAGAAAAAUUUACUAUUUGAAAAAUUAUUUUUAAUCACCGAACCAAAAAAGGAGGUUGUUAUGAGUUUGAUCGCUAUUUGUGUGUGUGUGUGUCUAUCUAUGGCAUCGUAGCUCCUAAACGGAUGAGCCGAUUUAGAUUUUUGUUUUUGAAAGGUAAUUUAAUGGAAAAUGUUCUUUGCUAUGUUUUAAGCAAGUCGGUUCAGUUUGGAGAGAGAGAAAAGCAUUUGGCGGGAAUUUCUUAAAUUUGAUAAAUUUUAUUUGUUAUACCCGGCAUAUGCGUAGUAUAUUAAUUUUUGUCUUAAGCAGGACACACUCGUAGCGGUAACACACUGUACAGGUUUGCCGGACAAACUCACACAUACGGUCAGAUAUUCUCGGUCGCCUGCACAGAUAUGCCCACAUUGGCUGGCAUACACGCUUCGGUUUAUCUAACAGGUAAACCUCUCCGAUAGUAACGUGUAUGCUCGCUCUUAAGUUUGUAACGCUUAAAAUAUAAAUCAUAGAAACAACUUUUGGUAUAGAUUAAAAAUUCCUAAGUUUUAAUUCUUUCUGUUUGUCCGGCUGUUUGCCUGUCUGUCAAAAAUGAAAAAAAGGUAACGAGCUUAAAUUUUAACAGCAUUUACAUCUAAAAUAUCUCGUAUGCUUGAAGUUCGUAAACGUACAAAAUCCGACAAUGAGUAAUGGAUCUAUGUGACCCGAAAUAUAGUAAGUACACCCAAAAAUUAUAAUGUGUUCAAACAUUUAUGCGCAAAUAAUUAAUUCUUUUAGUUGAUAUCUUCAUUUUUUUUUAAAUCUAAAACUCGUAUUUCGAAAACAUUCUCUAAUUUUUAGGAAGUCCAUACUUCGUGUACUUUUUAAUGUGAAUUAUCCAUUUUAAAAAAUUUAAUUAGGUUUUUUUUGAAUAAAGGCCUGAAUAAAAAAAGAAUCUGAACUAAUAAUGGGCUUUAAAAAGAUUGUUUCAA